AUGGAAGAACUUUUACAGCAAGAUUGGGAUACUUUUUUCCAAGAAUCAGAUGAAAAAUCAUAUUAUCACAAAAAAAGUGUGAAUCUAAGUGCCCAAGAUUGCAAUUAUUACAUUGUUCGAUGCAGAUUUGAAGAACAAAUCACACAAGGUGCUAUUAAUUUCACAAAUAAUCUAAAUUUGACAAAAGUUCUUAUUGAAAAUACUGAUUUUUACAAUUGUUCUAAUUCGAUCGGGCAAGGAGGAAGCCUUUACUUCGGUAAAGAAGGACAAUGCGCCCAAAAUCGAAUAUGCAGUGUAAAUUCAAAUUCCAAUUUAGGAGCCAUGUAUUGUUAUUCUUUUGUUAGUAAUAUUGCAAAUUAUCAGAAUAAACUACUUGAUUCAGCAAUAUCUCAUAGCGGUAAUUUGAUUAACGAUCAAUUUGGAAUUAAUGGAUUUUAUCAUGGUAAUGUUGAGAUUAAUUAUGACAAUAUAUCUUAUUCAGUGUCUAAACUUUAUGGAUUUUACAGUGUGACAACAGUUAGAUACCCAUCAAAAGCAUCAUUUUCUAUAAUUACCAAUAAUUCCGAUACAAUAUCCAAUUCAAUUGUGAGUUAUUUUUAUCAAGUGCCCUAUUUUUUAGCUGAAUAUUGCAACCAUUUAAGUAACAAUUUAUGCGUUCAAAUGGGUGCCAGAGACUCAACAAUUAAUAUUACUAAAUGUAAUUUUAUCAGAAAUACAGCCAAAACUGAAUAUUUUUAUUUUGCUCCUUAUGAAGGAAGAUUUUAUGUUGAUGGUAGCUACAUUGCUGACACCGUUCCAAACUCAUAUUAUGUGAUUAUUACGAAUAGGAACGAAAUUCCUUUUGAUAAUAACAUUGCAUAUUAUUAUUGCAAGAGUAGUAUUGAAACAACAAUCCCUAUUCCUAUCCAAAAUAUGGCUACAUUUUCUUUUCUUAGAAAAAGAGUUUCAUUGAAAUCAUAUAUUUCAUUAUAA